GGAAACCUUUUCGCUGAGUUUGCGUUUAGAAGCUUCUACUACACAUAUAUUUCAUAUCCCAUUCCAGUUGGAAGUGCAGAAAACGGAGGCCCUCCACACAGCACGUUUUCCUCUUGAAUUUGGUUUCUAAGAGCGCAGAGAUUUGCGCUUUGCGUGUGCGCAAUGCGUCAACCAUCACCACCCCGACUGGAGGUGCUGGGGAAGCACUUCACCGGAAGUGUGGAGCACAAGGGAUCCAAAGAGGCACACACAACCAGAGCAGCAGAUGCAGCAGCCUUCGCUCGUGACCCCAAGAAAUCGGUUCGCGCGGUAGGCACCAGCGUACCCACCAACAAGAAAGCUACAACGAGUUCAACGGAGGCAACCACGUCAACGGUGCAGCCGUCACCGACACAACAAACAGCGCCUCAGUCGCCGUCACGACAUCAGCAAGCGCAUGGAAGUACGACGGAGAAAGCAAAGCGGCCAGCCACCGCAGUGGCACGAAGCAGUAACAGCAACAACGCUAUCGAACUGUCGCUUGUGCGCAAUCUAAAACAACAAAUUGCGUGUUUGGAUGCGCAGCUGCGUGUGGUUAAGCAGCAGCAAGACGCCGCAACUCGCUCGCAUGCGCGCAAGGCACAUCCAGCGGAGGGAGAAGUGGUUGGCACACACACCGAGGACGCCUUGUUUGCGGAGAGUGUUGAGCGACGCCUCAAAGGCGUGGCGUUGCCGCUGCCGCAUAGAGAGCGGGUGCACCACGUUGAUGUGGCCGCAGAGGGACACGCAAACAACGCCUGCUACUUUGAGAUCAACCGCUUGCGAAGCAUUCCCGAACCGUACCAGCUGGAGCGCAGUGCGCUACAGCACAACGUCGAGUCGCUGACCAAAGACAUCGAGGGCCUGCAGAGCCUUGUCUUUGACGUUGGUCGGCAGCGUGACGCUAUGGCCGCCGAGAUCGUGCAAUUUCGCUCGGCGCUGCGGGAAGAGCAGGCGGAACACGAGGCAAUGGCCGCGGAGUGUGCGACGAUGCUGCGGCUCGUAGAGUCGGAGCGGGCACUGCGCUGCGCUGCCGAGAACGACGCCGGCGCUCAUGCACAAGGGCGCGCGUUGAAUGGCAGACCGGGCGGCGCUGACCUGGCUGUGGUGGACGCGGUCAGCCAACGCGACUACUACAAGCUGCAAAGCGAUCGCAUGAAAGCUUCUGCGGCGCGCGAAAAGGCGCGUGCGGACUCGCUCGCCGCGGCGCUGCUGCAGGAACGCGGACGCUCCUCUGCCCAGGAGAAGCAGCUGUGCGGCGCACUGGACCGCAUUGCGCUGAUGGAGACGCGAGAGCACCAACUCGCCGUGUACUACGCGAGUCUCAGCUCUCGCUUUGUGACGGUGUCGGCGAUGCUGCGGCACGUGCUGGACGUUGUACCGGAGGACCUUCUGCACGAACGGCGUGUGCCGUCGCCGGAUCGCGCCGUCCUCACCGGGGAGGCAGCAGGUGCGGGAGAGGAGGUGACGCUGGGCGAGGUGCGGGAGACAUUGGCGGCCUGGCAGGAGGAGGCGUUGUCGAACGCUGCUCAGCUGACGGAGUCGGCAACGGCGGCGAAAACAACACCAAACGUGGACUGGAGUGAAGCAGAGAAAGCGACGGCGCAUGCACUUGCACUCAAGCCGGAGAACGAGGGUGACCACCGACCUGAAACCGCUGCUGCAACGCUUCGCCCAACGUCCGCCAUAGAGGACGAAACAGCACCUGCUGCAGCUAUUAAGGAAGAGGAUUCCAAACUCCUUUCGAUGACAUCAGCGCCGGAUGUGGUUGCCGUUCCCACCGUGUCGCCCAUUACUCGAGCGGGUGAAGAAGCAGCGGAUGUUUCAAAGUCGGCGCAGGCGAUUGCCAAGGAGCCGUUCGGCUUCCCUCAACACGAGGCGGAUCCCGUUACACCAUCCCCGGUGGACGGUGCCCUCGGGGUUUCUGCGCAGCAAAACGAUUCCGCACAGCCAUCAGGGCCCUUUGCUUUGCCACCACCACCACAAUCGUCGCUGGACGGCAAAGACGAGAUGGCGAGCGCGGGAGCCGGAGAACUUGCCACAGCCGUCACGGAGGCAGGCUCUACGGUGGCUCCACGGAUGCCUGCCGUGGCGGAUCCGCAUGCGGCAGCGAAGCCGAGUGCGGCCGAUCCAAAUCCACCGGCUGAGGAAGCGGAAGGGACUAGAGAGAAGGAAGAGGCCCAGCAAGAGGAAACGGCGGCGCUGCCACCACCACUGCAGCCUUCUUUGCUAUUGGAGGAGAAGGAGGCAGCUGCAACAGAGACUCCUCCGCCGAAGGAAGACGGGGCAGCAGCAGCAGCACCAUCGUCGUCACUCGCCGGUAUUGACGAAACGAGUAAUUCAUCCACGCUCGGGGAUGAGGUGGAAGUCAGCGAGUCGUUUUCCGCUGCACCACCGAAUGACGCACCCACUGGCGGUGAGAGGACCGUAACUCCGUCCAAGCCGCCGGCUUUCUCUCUUCGCGUCGAUGACAAAGAGGCGGAGAGCGCAGAGGAGCAUCAGGCGAAAUCAGAGGCGAAUACAGCUCCUGUACCAACUGACGAUGCAGCGCCGCAACCACCGCCACCACCGCCGCCUGCUGCUACUGCUGUUCCGCCUCCCCCGCUCGUGGCGGUCGUACCAUCCCUUCCCACCUUCACGGUUUCAUCACCGCCGCCCCCUGCUCAUUCGGUGGCCGUCUCCGUCCCUCCCCCUCCCCCUCCUGGCAGUGCAGCUGUGCCGCUGCCACCAGGUGCGGUGUCGCUGCCGGAGAUGCCGUCGUCCACCCUUCCGGCCCCCCCACCACCACCAAGUGCGGUGGUUCCGACGUGUGCUCCUCCUGCUGCUCCUGCUCCGCCGACGCUGGAGCAGCAGCUCUCCCAACUGGAUGCCCGCAUUGAGGCGCAGAACGCGGCGCUUACCGAGCUGGUUCAGCGACACACAGAGUCAGCUUAG